CAGUCGCAAGGUUCAACUUUGAGAUUGAUUUCCCAUCAGUGCAUAACACAGGGUAUUUCACCAUUCAAGACGCAUUAAACUGCACGUCUACGAAUUACACACCCCUAUCCGCACAAAACACGCCAUACGCACAAUCAAUAGAAGCAACCCACAGCAGCCAUGCUCCGCCGGCCACCAACAGCCAUAACGCUCACGACCGAAGACAUAGCAAUCUACGAGGACGCGCGGGCGCGCGAGGAGCUCCAACAGGAACAAGCAGCAGCUCUUGAAGCGCAAGCACAAGCCCAACAACUCUCCACGCCCCAGAAGAACCAGAACCAACACCCGCGCGAUCCAAGUGAUGAGUUGAGGCCUCUGCCGGGCGAUAGGGCUAAGCCGCAGGUGAGGACUAGAGAGGAGAGGUUGGGCUUGAUGGGUGGGAGUUCUAGGGGCUGAGGAUUGGAGACUGUCUUUUUUUUAGGGGGAGGGUGUCAGAACGAGCAGCAAUAUCAAGCCAGCCAGCCAGCCCGGGAUGAGCUCAGGCCUUGUUAUAUCUUGAUACAUUGGUCAUAGAUGUAUAACUUGUCUGGAAAUACUCGCUGGGAAGCUCUGGCAAGAAUAACCCUAUGAUCGGCCUGGUUUGGUGACUGCGGCUGAGACCGAGACUUCCUUCUCGUUCGUGGCCAGUAUAAGCUACUGCGAUAAAAGAACUUGUCAGGAAAGGGGAAUGGAUGGCAUGGACAGGUUUAGAUCUAUACAACGCAGUACGAAAAUCAAGGACGCCAUCCUUUACAAGUACACCGUCAUACAUAAGAAGCGCGCUAUCACGCAGACACAAAGGAGGUCAAAUGAAGAACUUGAUUCUCUGCCUGCA